AGACUUUCCGUGUUUAAAAGUCGACUGGAUACUGAGGGUGGCCACGUUGAUCUCUUCAGGGUUACUCCCGGGAACGUUCACCUGUAAUUGUGUCCAUAGUUCACUAGACUACCCUCCCCGCCAAACCGAAGCUCCUCUAAAGCUCAUCCAAGCUCUGGUCCUGCAGAAAAGUGCCUCGUGGUAAUCUGUGACGGGCAAUUAUACUGCACUUCAUUGCCAGCUGCGGGCCCUGAAAUCUGAGGAUCCUCCAUCUUUUCGUGUUUUCUACAGAAAGUUGUCUUACGCAGACCGUUGGAACUUCGUUGGAGAAAUUACCAGUUCCUCCUUUUUCGUUUGGCCAAGUGCUUGUUUAUGGAGUGUCUUUUUGUGUGCUGAACUCUAGAGCUGGUGCUGGCAAUGCAGAGAUAAAUUAUGUAUGUUCCUGAUUUUAGGGGAGCUUUGGUUUGGUGGGGAGGGUAGUCUAGUGAACUGUGGACACAAUUACAGGUGUAUGAGUGGGGAGAAAAGGCUAGGAGCGGAGCUCGAGAGUCCAAGAGGUAAGGGGCGGGCCAGGGGAUCAUCUGGACUUUAUGAAUGAUUGACGGAAUAAACCAGAGGGGAGAGUUUACAAGUGACUUGAUUGCCAAAUCCAUUGCCCUCGGUGAGUGGUGGCGACGACGUUGCCGGAUGUUGUGCUCUGCCACUGAGCUAUACAGCCGGAGACUAGGAAUGCUGUUAGAAGAGGGACUGGGAGAGACUUUCGCAGGUAUUGAAUAUCCAAUGCCUAUAUUUCAGCCUGUAACUCACAUGGGAAGUCUAAACUGGAAAUAUGUAAAGACACCUUACUAUAUUCGUGGAAGCUCAGAGUGUGACCAACUAGAACCCUCAAGAGGACCGAGGGAUUAUUGUCAUUCAAGGAUAUAUCUAUGGAAUUCACCUGGGAUGAAUGGCAGCUACUGGAUUCUACACAGAAGUACCUAUACAGAGAUGUGAUAUUGGAAAACUAUCAUAACCUGUUAUCAGUGGGGUAUCAUGGUACCAAGCCUGACUUAAUCUUCAAGUUGGAACAAGGAGAAGAUCCAUGGAUAAUAAAUGCCAAAAUUUCCAGGCAGAGCUGUCCAGAUGGGUGGGAAGAAUGGUACCAGAACAAUCAAGAUGAGCUUGAAAGUAUUGAAAGAAGCUAUGCUUGUGGUGUGUUGGGAAGACUUAAUCUGAGCAAAACCCAUGAUUCUUCAAGACAGAGACUCUAUAACACACAUGGGAAAAGUUUGACACAAAACUCAGCUUCAAGCAGAAGUUAUUUGAGAAGGAAUCCUGAUAAGUUUCCUGGUUAUGAAGAACCAUAUUUUCUUAAGCAUCAGAGAACUCAUAGCAUAGAAAAAAAUUGUGUGUGUAGUGAAUGUGGGAAAGCUUUUCGUUGUAAGUCACAGCUCAUUGUACAUCUCAGAAUUCAUACAGGAGAGCGGCCUUAUGAAUGCAGUAAAUGUGAAAGAGCCUUCAGUGCCAAGUCAAACCUUAAUGCUCAUCAGAGAGUUCAUACAGGAGAAAAACCCUACUCAUGUAGUGAGUGCGAGAAGGUCUUCUCUUUCAGGUCACAGCUCAUUGUCCAUCAGGAAAUUCACACAGGAGGGAAACCCUAUGGCUGCAGUGAAUGUGGGAAAGCCUAUAGUUGGAAAUCACAACUGCUUUUACACCAGAGAAGUCACACAGGAGUGAAACCCUAUGAAUGCAGUGAAUGUGGGAAAGCCUUUAGUUUGAAGUCUCCAUUCGUUGUACACCAGAGAACGCAUACAGGAGUGAAACCACAUAAAUGCAGUGAAUGUGGGAAAGCCUUUAGGAGUAAGUCCUAUCUCCUUGUUCACGUCCGAAUGCAUACAGGAGAAAAACCCUAUCAAUGCAGUGAUUGUGGGAAAGCCUUCAAUAUGAAGACACAACUCAUCGUACAUCAGGGAGUUCACACAGGAAAUAAUCCUUACCAAUGCGGUGAAUGUGGGAAAGCCUUUGGUAGGAAGGAACAGCUCACUGCACAUCUGAGAGCUCAUGCGGGAGAGAAGCCCUAUGGAUGCAGUGAAUGUGGGAAGGCUUUCAGUAGCAAGUCAUACCUUGUUAUCCAUAGGAGAACACACACCGGAGAGAGACCCUAUGAAUGUAGUUUGUGUGAGAGAGCCUUUUGUGGAAAAUCACAGCUGAUUAUACAUCAGAGAACUCAUUCAACGGAGAAGCCCUAUGAAUGCAAUGAAUGUGAAAAAGCCUACCCUAGGAAGGCAUCACUUCAAAUACACCAGAAAACUCAUUCAGGAGAGAAACCUUUUAAAUGCAGUGAAUGUGGAAAAGCCUUCACUCAGAAGUCAUCUCUCAGUGAACAUCAGAGAGUUCACACUGGAGAGAAACCGUGGAAGUGCUCUGAAUGUGGGAAAUCCUUCUGUUGGAAUUCAGGGCUUCGUAUACAUCGGAAGACUCAUAAAUGAGAAAUCGGAAUGAUGCAAUGUGAGAAACUGAUGUUCAGGAGACUUCGGAUAAUGUAGACGGGAUUUACAAGCAGGAGGCCCUAAAACUACACUCAUGUCAAAAAUCAGAGAGGAGAGAGACCAACCAUAUUUGGGAUGAGUGUAAAAGCUUUCAGAAAUAAGUUGCAAAUCUUUGUAGAUGAAAAUAGUGGAAGGAAUGCGGAGCAAUAAGUGUAUCAGAUGUUGUAGUAUCAUCAUGAAGAUUCAGAGAAUUUACACGAGGAACACCUUAUAAGUUCAAUAAAUUAAGGAAGCAUUUCCCAUGGAAAGUCACAUUCCAGAUUUGAAGCUGUGUUUUUGUAAAAUAAAAUCUCGGUUAUGAACAGUUGACUUUUCAUGGUGGAGUAUAAAGUUGUUUUUUACAAAAUAUGUAAAUAAAGUAAUGUUCAGGAAAAACACAGGGAACAGAUUCUUAAAGUUAAGGGAUAUUUCAUAUGACUUCCCUGAGUUAACACUGAAAAGUAUUUCUAAAAUUUUUAGUAUUUUAUAUUUUAAUGUAACUUGUUCUAUCUAACUAUAUAUAUAUAUAUAUAUAUUUGAUAGUUUGUGGAAUAAUGUCCCCCAGUAUUUUCCAUAUUAAAUGCUAAUUGUCUUUUCUUUUUCAUAAGCAGAUCUGGUGUUUAUUACAGGGCUGCCGCUUGAGAGAACUCAUUGUAAUGAACGUUUAUUAUAUUUUGCAGUUCCGUGCCUGUUGUCCAUUGAUUGACAUGAGCACCCUUGUUUUCUCUGGAGAAAUACCUCCCCUCUCUGGGGUGCUUCCUGUGGUAGUGUCUUUCAGGUAUCCGUUCCACUAGCUACAGGUGAGCAUUUUACCCAUUGUUGGAUAAUGGUAAUCUCUUUUUCAGAAUUUUGAGUCUGUAAUUCAUUCACACGUGAACCAGAAAAUGUGGGAACUCGUUCAAUCUUGUCCCAGAAUUCUGUUGAGAACAUCCAUUCAUUCUGGCUAACUGAUUACAAGAAUAACUGUGGAUACUAUCCCUUUAGAACCUGCUUCUCUGGUCUUCUGUUGUUUCCUCACUUCUCAAUAAAAGUAUCUUUUACUUUUU